UGACGGUGCUGCAUUCGCUCGAGCGCUUCAGCGGCGCAGCAUCAUUUCAACGCAGCAGUUUGAGAAGACGCAACACAAAAUGGCUUUGCGAAUUUAACGCUCGACUGAGAAGGAACGCUCACAGCACUAUCAGGAAUAUAGGGCGCUCGUUGAUUUCUGAAAUAAUAAAGACACAACACAAGAAACAAGCCUGGAAAUCAACGGCGGACAGUGGGGGGAAUUUGGGGACAGUCAUGGCGGGGGUGGGAGCCAGGGGGAGAAAGACGGGACUCCCGGGGUUCUGUUGGAAAACAUGCUAUUUCCACAUUCUCUUCUGGGUCGUGUCUGUUUGUGGAGAAGAGAGGACCUUCAUUGUUGAGACAUGGCUGAAGAACUAUGGCUAUCUGCUCCCGCCGGACAUCCGGACAUCAGACCUGCGAUCGGAGAAAGCCAUGCAGUCGGCGGUCGCUGCCAUGCAGCGGUUUUACGGUAUUCCAGUGACGGGAGUGCUUGACCAGACCACCAUCGAGUGGAUGAGAAAACCUCGGUGUGGAGUUCCAGAUCACCCUCACAUCAGCAGACGGAGGAGAAAUAAACGCUACGCCCUCACUGGUCAGAAAUGGAGGGAGAAAAAGAUCACAUACAGCAUACAUAACUUCACCCCCAAAGUGGGCGAGAAAGACACCCAGAGGGCCAUUCGCCAGGCCUUCGACGUCUGGCAGACAGUGACCCCGCUGACCUUUCAGGAAGUGGCCUACUCUGAGAUCAAGAACGAGGGUAAAGAAGCGGACAUUAUGAUCUUCUUUGCCUCUGGUUUCCAUGGUGACAGUUCUCCGUUUGAUGGAGAGGGAGGUUUUUUAGCUCACGCAUAUUUCCCUGGUCCCGGAAUUGGCGGAGACACCCACUUCGACUCUGAUGAGCCCUGGACAUUAGGAAAUGCAAAUCACGACGGCAAUGACCUUUUCCUGGUGGCCGUACAUGAGUUGGGACACGCAUUGGGUCUGGAACAUUCCAACGACCCCAGUGCCAUCAUGGCCCCCUUCUACCAGUACAUGGACACACACAACUUCAAACUGCCUCUAGAUGACCUUCAGGGGAUCCAGAAAAUCUACGGUAUUCCCACAGCCAUGCUGGAGCCCACCCGACCUCUUCCUACUCUGCCUGCCCGACGCACACACUCCACCUCUGAGAGGAAACACGACCGGCAUCGCCCCGCUCGCCCACCCUCUGGAGAUCGUCCGUUCUCUCCCGGUAAUGGAAAACCCAACAUCUGCGAUGGCAAUUUCAACACUAUGGCCUUCUUUCGACGGGAGAUGUUUGUUUUUAAGGAUCGCUGGUUCUGGCGUUUACGCAACAACAAAGUUCAGGAAGGCUAUCCCAUGUUGAUAGAGCAGUUCUGGAAGGGUCUACCUCCUCGCAUUGACGCUGCUUACGAGAGAUCAGAUGGCAAAUUUGUGUUCUUCAAAGGGGAUAAAUACUGGGUCUUCAAGGAGGUUACAGCAGAACCUGGGUAUCCUCACAGCCUGGUAGAGUUGGGCAACUCUCUGCCCCGCGAUGGCAUCGACACAGCCUUACGCUGGGAACCUGUGGGCAAAACCUACUUCUUCAAGGGUGACCAGUACUGGCGUUACAAUGAGGAGAAGCGUACGGCUGACCCAGGCUAUCCCAAACCCAUCAGUGUCUGGAAGGGCAUCCCUGAUGCACCGCAAGGAGCCUUCAUCAGUCGAGAAGGAUUUUAUACCUACUUUUACAAGGGAAAGGACUACUGGAAGUUUGAUAACCAGAAGUUAACAGUGGAGCCAGGCUACCCGAAAUCAAUCCUCAAAGACUGGAUGGGCUGCGAUCAGUCGGAAGUACAAAAGAACAAGGACCGUCACCUCCCUCAUGAUGAUGUCGACAUCAUGGUCGCCAUUAAUGAUGUACCCAGCACUGUAAAUGCAAUCGCUGUGGUCAUCCCGUGCAUCCUCUCACUGUGCAUUCUGGUCCUUAUAUAUACUAUCUUCCAGUUCAAGAACAAAAACGUCCAACAGCAAGUGACCUACUACAAACACCCCGUGCAGGAGUGGGUAUGACGGACUGGGGGGCGCGAUGGACCCCAAACGCUUGAGAACAUAAGUGAGGGCUACUAUGCUGAGGUUUGACCAGUGCCUGUUUUCUGAUCCUUCAACCUUGUCCUGGAACGGGAACAAAAUACGAGGCAAGGGAGCAUCUUCUUCCUUCCCACUUGAGACAAAACUUAACAACACAUAUUGCAAUUUUUUAGCAUGAGCCCAACGGUCAAAUCUUCU